GGAUAAAUUUGAAAUAACGCGUGUUGAUGGUGUCCCUGUUACUAUUAAAAAUUUCGAAGAACUCACGACAAUACUCCCUUCCUCUUAUAAACUCGACCUAGCUGACAACAAAAUUAUAAUAAUGACUGUUGGCGCUCGAACUGAGAAUCUUAUCUUAUUACUAAAGUUGGCAUAUGAUGCUAAAAUAACCGUAGACUUGUUAGACUAUUCAGAAGUAGUCAG